AUGAAGCCGACAGACAAGCAUUUCCGCUGUGAUGUCUGCCAGCGUGCGUUCACGCGCAUUGAUCACCUCAAACGCCACUCUUUGCGGCGUAUGUGUGCUCCUUCCUGCAGCUACCCAUGCCACACCCACUGA